UGGUAGUAUAUUGGAUGCACAUAUGACAGUGUGUGAAUGUAUUGCAUUGUUUUACAUUUUGAGAUCAUGCCUAAAGCGAAGAGCAAAGGGGGUACUGCUGCCCAAGCUAAGAGACAGAAGUUGAGUACCAGGUCAAGCAGAGGCACAGACCAGAUGCCAGCUUCAAAUGACGACACAAUCAUGCCAACAAUUCAGCCGGGGCCUAACAUUAUUCCAACCUUGGAUGCCAGUGCUGGAAACAGGGAGAGAACACCUGUUGGGACAGGUACGCAGUUUAGCAUGCAUCCCCAACCCAUGAUAGGUACACAGUUUAACAUUCAACCCCAACCUAUAACAGGGGUCUGUGAUAAUUUGGGCCUGCAUGUCUCUAACGCAAAUAAACAGAAAAUUUUAAAUGGGGAAUAUAUUGACCUAAGUAUUCUUCUUCCCAAAAAUGUGAACCAGCCUGAGGCUUCUCAUAAAGUUGCGAUUGUUGAGGGCGAGUUGGUUAUUCAGCCCAAAACAGUAAAAAUCAAGAUAAAUGACAUAAACUCUUGGACAGACGCGUUUAUCAUAUACAUGAGCAUAUACAUUGAUGCACACCCUGAACAGAUGCAGAGUAUGCUGAAGUAUAUGCAGUCGGUUCGAUUAGGUGCUUCUCGAUCGUCCAACAUGGGUUGGAAGCAGUACGACGAGCAGUACCGCCUGCGUAAAUCUAGGUUACCAUUAGCUUCGUGGGGAUUGAUUGAUCCUGAACUUUGGUUUAUAUACAUGCAGUCGUCCUCUCCAGCAGUGUCGUUGAUGAAUAAUGCCACAACUUCUAGUCAAAGUACACUAAAGUGUUAUGAUUACAAUUACAAGGGUCAGUGUUCUCGCCACCAGUGUCAGUAUAAGCAUAAAUGCCUGCGCUGUAAUGGGAAUCAUUCCUCUUCAAAAUGCUUUCAGCGAAAUAAUAACCAGUAUCGUUUUCGUGCCCAACAGUCAAGUCAUCAACCAAACACAGCCCCCACCGGUGGUAAGCGUCCAGGAAACACAGCAAAACCUGUGGGCUCUGGGAAAGUCCCCAAUUAACAUUCACAACCUUUCAGUACU